AUGGCUCUUCACGAACGACCUCACGCCAUGCAAUGUCUUCUAAUUACUCUGCUCUUCGUCCUUUCAGCCUUUGCUUCCCCACUCUCAGAUUCUGCUCCAUCUUCUCGCUGGAAGCAUCUCGCCCUCAAGACUAAGGGCAGCUUUCUCACCGAUAUCCAUGGUGCUCCCUUCUUCUGGCAGGCGGACACAGCCUGGGAGCUCUUCCACCGUCUCAAUCACUCCGAGGUCAUCCAUUACCUCGACGAUCGUCAGGCAAAGGGGUACAACAUCAUUAUGUCUGUCGCCAUUCCGGAAUACAACGUGACACUACCCAACCGUAACGGGGAUCUCGCUCUCGUCGAUUUCGAUCCAACGCAACCGAAUCCAGCGUACUUCGACUACGUGGACUGGUGCAUCGACCGUGCCACGGAACGAGGCUUACGUAUAGCGCUCGUCCCAACCUGGGGUCGAUACAUCAACGGAGGAUGGCAUGGAGACCCGAUCCUCUUCACGAACGAGAGCACUGCGCAGAUUUACGGCACUUAUAUCGCCAAACGAUACGCUGGUUUACCCAAGAUCCUUGGAGCCGACUCGGAUAGAUGGUGGCCCACAAACCUCACGGAAUUCACUACGGGCCAAACGAUCAACACGAAUCAGACCACGGACGUCGCUGGCUUGGGCAACAUCUCCUACUCCGACACUGCUAAUAUCUGGAACGCUCUUGGGAACGCCAUGGUCGACGUCGAGGGCGAACUUUCCUUCAUCACCUACCACCCAACGUCGCAAUGGCUUUCAAAGUUCGCCCCCGCGACUGGAUACGCGCAGUAUAAGGAUGUAGAAGGCAGUUCGAGAUGGUUGAAGAUGGAUGCGGCGCAGAGUGGGCACGAGUGCAUCGACUCUGUCCCAGGGGCUGGCAGAUGGUGUGGAAGUAAGAAUUACAUUCCGGUGGAGUUGAUGUGGAACAAUUCGCUCGGGGAGAGGCCGAUCAUGGACUUGGAGAAUCACUAUGAGGGAGGCUGGUUCAAUAUCAAUCCAUCCUUGAGCGGAGGAAGAAUCUGGAACGAAAGCGAUGUCAGAACGGGCGCAUGGACGGCAGUCUUCGGUGGCGGAGCCGGUGCCACAUACGGUGCUUGGUCCGUCUGGCAGUUCUACAACCUCGGCCUCGGGCAAGAUAAUAUCACAGUCGCCACAUUCCCUCCCUGCAACCCUUCCGGACUCGCCCCGAAUGCGACUGCCGACAACACGGAGUAUACUACCUGCGUCAAUUCGACUGAACCCGUCGCCAUGACUUGGCUCGACGAGCUUGUGCUCCCGGGCUCAGCGCAGAUCCAACAUCUCCAGAAGUUCAUUACCGACCCUUCGUCUGCGCCAGGACAGCACUACUUCGACCGUCUUCCGGAUAACUUAGUGAUCAGCACGGAUCUCGGCGAGGACGAGGGGAGGUUCAGCGCGACGAGGGAUAAGAAGGGACGAUGGGCGGCCGUUUAUAGUCCACAGGGCCUGUCUUUCGGCGUCGACGUGGACUAUCUGGCUGGUUUCCUGAACGGAGGAUCGAAUGCGACGUUGAAGUGGACGCAGAAGUGGUAUAGUCCGAGGAACGGGUCGUUCGUCGACGAGGAGGAGGGGUGCGGUACAGAUGUCGCGACAUUUACACCGCCGACUAGUGGAAGUGUCGAUCAUGAUUGGGUAUUGCUAUUGGAGAAGAUCAAACUUGACUAG